CUCGCUCGGUCACACCGUUCCAGUUCCAAUAAAGAAUUAUUUUUAAAGUUCUAGCUUGUUUUUAGUUAAUUACAUACAUUGUAUCUCAGUUUAUGCUUAAAAACUAGUUAUUUAUUUUCAGUACUUGUACUACAUCGUGUAUUUGUUUGAAUUUGUUCUACGAAUCUACACAGCAAACAGUAGGAUAAAAUUUCAACUUAUCCUUGUUUACCUGAAUAACUCUUGGAUAAUCCUAACAGCAAUAAGACCCAGAGGUACCUAACGCAAGAAAAAUGACGGAAGUCCAGCUGCAGGAGUUUAAAUUGGACCCCGAUUCUGAGCUGCGAUUUGAAGUUGAAUCCAAGAACGAAAAAGUUGUUCUAGAGAUCAAGAGUGGUUACGCAGAACUGUUUGGUACGGAACUCGUGAAAGGAAACCAGUAUGAGUUCCAUACGGGCGCGAAGGUGGCGGUGUUCACGUGGCAUGGCUGCACGGUGGAGCUGAGAGGCAGGACUGAAGUCAGCUAUGUGGCUAAAGAGACACCUAUGGUUGUAUACCUCAAUGUCCAUGCAGCUCUCGAACAACAGAGGGUAUCAGCAGAACAGGAGUCAACACGAGGCCCCGUCACCAUGGUGGUAGGCCCUGGAGAUGUGGGGAAGAGCACGCUCACAAGGAUCCUGCUAAACUACGCUGUGAGGAUGGGACGGAGGCCUAUUUAUGUAGACCUGGAUGUUGGACAGGGCCAUAUUAGUGUUCCUGGGACUAUUGGAGCUCUCCUAGUAGAAAGGCCAGCAUCAAUCGAAGAAGGUUUCAGCCAGCAAGCACCACUGGUGUAUCACUUCGGUCACAACUCCCCCGGGGAGAACCUGGAGCUGUACAACACUAUUGUGUCCCGACUGGCCGAGGUGAUUGCUGAGAGGUGCGAGAAUAAUAAGAAAGCUUCCACAUCGGGAGUGAUCAUCAACACAUGUGGGUGGAUCAAAGGCGCGGGGUAUAAGGUGCUCACACAUGCUGCACAGGCUUUUGAGGUCGACGUAAUUUUGGUGCUGGACAACGAGAGGUUAUACAAUGAACUUAAGAGGGAUAUGCCUAAGUUCGUUAAAGUGGUUUACUUGCCGAAGAGCGGAGGUGUGGUAGAGAGAUCGUCGACGCAGCGAGCGGAGUCACGUGACGCGCGUAUCCGCGAGUACUUCUACGGCAAGCGAACUCCUUACUACCCGCACUCGUUCGACGUCAAGUUCUCCGACUUGAAGAUAUAUAAGGUGGGUGCCCCAUCUCUGCCCGACUCGUGCAUGCCUCUCGGGAUGCGAGCGGAGGACGCUCUCACCAAGCUAGUGAGCGUGUGGCCGUCGCCGGCGCUGCACCACCGCCUGCUCGCCGUGUCCUUCGCUGCCGGCCCAGACGAUGACGUGCUGCACUCUAAUCUAGCUGGAUUUGUGUGUGUGACUGCAGUAGACAUGGAACGCCAGAUGCUGACGAUCCUAUCCCCCCAGCCCCGUCCCCUCCCCAACACCGUACUGCUACUCUCCGAGCUACAGUACAUGGACAAUCACUAGUCCGUGCUCUUUGGCCCUCGGCUGCGUCACGCCUUCAGUAACAUCUCGCUUUCUCAUUAAGCGAGAUAUUGUAAUGUGCUCGUUUUCAGUUGUUUUACGAUGAGGAAACGUCGAUGAAAAAGUGUCGAUGUUUGCGUGGUACAUCACUAAGUUUUAAAUUGGCUGUAUCGAUGUUUUUGUCGUGCAUCACUAUAGGUCUUUUUUUUAAUUAUGGCUUAUAUCUGUUAUUUUUGUAAAAUGAUUGAUGUUGAUCCUGUGGUGGGUUGACCUAUUUUAUUAUUCUACAAUUCAACCUGAAUUGUUUGUUAUAAUUUCACUAGAAAAAACGCCAAGAUAUAAAUAUUAUAUUUCAACAGAUGUUUUUUUUAACUUGAAUGUCUUCAUCGUAAAAUAAUAAGGAGCACAUGAUCAAUACUGUUACGAUCCGUUACGCAGCUGGGAGUCAAACCCUUGUCGUGAAGUGUGAUAUCGAACCAACGAUCCAUUUGGAUCUCAAAAAUGACUGUACAUAUAUUUAAUUAGACUUUAAAUAAAUAGUUUAAGAUGUCAUAAUAAUAAAAAAAUGUGUAUGGAAA